UUCCUUCAUCAACAGACAUUUUUUAAAAAUUGGUAUUGGAACAUGUAUACAAAUGCCUAAAACAUAUAUGUGUGCAUGUGUCAGUGUUGUGCUCAUUUCUAAAUGCAAUAAAUGCAAUAUAUCACUCGUGAAUUCUUACCAAGUAUGUGCAUAACUAACAGGUGCGUCCUCUCUUACUUUUAGAAAACAAAUCUCUUUUAAACUCAGAGGUCAGAUUUUAUCAACAAAAGGAUAUUCCCAGAAAUCAGGGAAAUUGAAAAUACGCACACCAGAGAAAGGAACUUUGUGCCAUUAUUUACGUCAUCUUAUUUAACAUGAAAGGGCAAUAAACUGCUUAUAUGGGACAUGUGUCAGGGAAUGAGGGUUUACUGUUUUGUUUUUUUGGGUUGACUACAUUUUUGAAAUGAGAAACUGUACUCAUUAAAACUUUUAAUAGUAAAUUCCAGUGUACAGCUGUCACCAUAAAAAUGUUACUACAAUCCACUGUUGAACAAAUCAUCAGCCAAAAAAGUUAAUUCUUAACCAUCAGUCCCAGUUGAUCAACACAGAAUCUAAACAAAGAGCUCCACAUCAUUCUUGGAGAGGACCAAGAAAUAAAAUAGAAAACAAGAACUAAACAAAUGAAAGAAUAGAAGUAGCAUGCUAUGGUGUACUAACACAUUUUACCACAGGCAUGAUUGCUUAAUUAAUAUAGUAAAUUUAAUGUAAUAAACAUAUUGUGAAAGGUAUCAGUAGUUCCUAUACUGAUGUAUAGAUGUAACAAAACUCAUGUGUAUUUGCUGUUCCCAUUAACACAUGGUUGUCAGAACACAACGUUGAUAACUUGACAAAAGCUCUGACUCACAGGUGCAUAAAGAAAAAUUAAACAAACAGCGAUAGUCUAUAUUCAUUAUAUCAAUACAGGGAGUACAGUAGAUCCUUCUAAAGGGGAGGUGUGCAGUGAAAUCUCGCCCAGUCAUGUAUUUAAAGCCAGUGUAAAGGCUUCAGGAGUGGCCUGGUAAUGUAUGAAGAAUGUGAGAGACAAAACUGAAAAACAUGUCACAACAGGUGUUGUUCAUGUGACUUACUGACCAUAACAUUUCUCCUCUCCGCUAAUGCUCAGCUUGCCUCCAGCCACAAGGCUGAGGAGGCAUAUAGUUGCCAUGUCCUGCACAAAAUGCAACAAAUUCCACAUCUAACUAAACAAAUACUUAAUGAUUACUGUAGGGAAAUGAUCGUAUUUCUGUUGUGUUGUCUGGGCCACAAAGACUUGUGCUUCCCCACAUCUCGCGUAAAGAAAGAAAAAAAUCUUCCGAGAUGGACAAAUCUUUAUUCAGUUUUUAAUAAACCUGCACAAAUGCUGUUACAAAAAUGCAUUUGGAUGAACUGUGUCAGUAGUAACUUGUCAUAUUGUAAGUGAUAAAAUGUCGUCUGUUUGAUACAUUUUUAUGUAUUUUUACAUUUGCCAAAGGGUUUGACUGUUUGUCAGGGCAUCUACAAAAUGCCAUCAUUUCAGUCAGACUUGAUGGGAUGUUAGACCAGGAGCUAAGAAACAAGCCUUUUAGCUUUUGAGAGAUUUUUUUUUUUCACUUUGUGAGAUAGGACAUUUUUGAACAUUUUUGCUACUUUCUCACGACCUCCUGCUUUAAUUAAAUGAAAAAAAAAUCUUUUAUCCAAUGAUCCUCUGCCAUUGCGUGUUUGAUACUCCAAAUUCCAGAUGAGAAUUUAAAAUUGAUCAUUACUUAAUCCCAGUGAAGGCAGGUGAUGUUCUUUUUGAGUGCCUCUAAGUUUAUAUGAAAAUCUGCUUUUUUCCUGUCUAAUAAAUGAAUUGUUUUCACAUGUUGAUGGAGGAGAACUUGUUCAUUUAUAGUCACUACAAUCGAUGUCUUUUUUGACCUCUUUAUUUUCAAUAGUGCAUUCUCUGAGACUGAAUGCAUUUUUAAAUUCACAAGAAAGAAAUGAUCAGAAAAUUUGACCAUGAAUCAAUAUUCUUAAAUUCUGCAAAUCAUGUGUGGAUUCAGAGAGCACUGACAGUCACGUGGCAGCUCAUCAAACUUGAUUAUCGUCAAAAUCAAACAAGAGCCCAGCCAUCAACAAUCAGUACUUGUGGGUGUGAACUGAAAAUGCUCUCUAUCUUGUUCUAACUUUUUCUCCAUAGUUUUCUUAUCUCCUUAAAAACAGAGAUUAUCUACCCGGUCAAAACGAAUGGGUCCUUCACUUGAUUUAUCGCUCAUUUCUUCCUGGUUAAUGCUCUGGGCUAAACAAGGGCCAAAAGCAGGUGUUGGUCUGGCCACAGUUGUUAUCUCAUUUGUGUUCUCCACGUACUACAAUGUGCUCAUGAGCUGGGCACUUUACUAUUUCUUCAAGUCGUUUGGAGCGACGCUUCCCUGGGUGUCCUGCAACAACACUUGGAAUGUUGUCGAAAACUGUUCCAGUGGUUUCUCCGGCAACGCCACCCAUCUGCAGUCUGCCAGUCAACAGUUCUUCGAUCACAAACUUCUGGAGAAAACUGGUGGCAUUGAAGAAGCUGGUGGCCUUCGCUGGGAACUCUUUGGCUAUCUCCUUAUUGCCUGGGUCAUCGUAUACUUAUGCAUAUUUAAAGGAGUCAAAUCCACUGGCAAGGUUGUGUAUUUCACUGCUGUAUUUCCAUACUUCAUCCUUUUCGCCCUGCUCAUCAAUAACGUGCAGCUUCCUGGAGCCAAAAAUGGCAUCCUCUUCUUUGUGACACCUGUCUGGAGCAAACUGUUUGAAGUAAAGGUGUGGGUUAAUGCAGCUGCCCAGGUGUUUAACUCCAUUGGAAUAGCAUUUGGCUCCAUGAUUUCGAUGGCUAGUUACAACAAGUUCAACAACAACAUUCUCAGGGAUGCUUUGAUUGUGUCAAUUACUAACUCGUGCACUAGCAUCCUGGCUGGCUUUGUGAUCUUCUCAGCAAUUGGCUACAUGGCUCAUAUACAUAACCUACCAGUGGACAACAUCGCUACAGAUGGUCCUGGUUUGGUGUUUGUUGUGUACCCUGAGGUCCUCUCCACCAUGCCCGUUUUUCAGCUGUGGGCCUCUCUGUUCUUCUUUAUGCUGCUGUGUCUGGGCCUGGACAGCCAGUUUGCAACUGUUGAGGUGGCGGUGACGUUCAUAAAAGAUGAGUUUGGGACCAAACUUCUGCGUUUCAUAAAAAGAGAAGAGCUGCUAGCCCUGACUGUGUGCAUCACCUGCUUUGUCUUAGGGAUUCCUCACAUUACUAAGGGAGGUAUCUAUGUGUUUCAGUUGAUGGACCAUUACACCGCUGUGGUUUCCCUCAUGUUCUUGGCUUUCUUUGAAGUCGUAUCCAUCUGUUGGAUCUUUGGUGUCUCACGUGUUUCCUUAAUGGUCAAAAGGAUGCAAGGAAAAACUCCAAACAUCUACUUCCGCUUCUGUUGGCUGCUGCUCUGUCCUAUUUUGGUGCUGUGCAUACUGACCUCCAGCAUUGUCCAGUACACUCCCGUUCACUAUGGGAAGUACACUUAUCCAGUGUGGGCUGAAUGGGUUGGCUGGGGCAUUUCACUGAUCUCAAUAGUGUGGAUCCCACUUGGUGCUAUUCAAGAGAUCUACAACAACAAAGGCUCACUUCUUCAGAGACUUAAAACAGCUAUGACUCCUACAAUAGAUCUGGAUGCUGAGGAUCCCUUGCCAGAAAAACAGAACUUGGACAACCCAACAUCAGAAGCCUUGUUGACCUCAGUGGCAUGACCAGAGAUAAAGCCAAAGUCACAUCUGUACAUCUGUGCGUAUCAAACUCUGUGAUACAGUUGGAUAUUUAAUGAAGGGCACGGUUCAGUCAUGUUAAGAACUAUAUUUACUUUGAGGUACUGAUUCUUUUAGUUUUGGUUGUAAAACUAACAUUUUAUUCUUUUGGUUCUACCAAAUGACAGUCUUUACUGUAUCUUAAUCCCACUGUCAUAUGUUACUCAAAGCAUUUAUUCUUUGCAGUUGGCCUCAACAGAAUGAAAAUAUCUCUUGCAUCUCUUACAAAGUGUACAAUGAAAAUUUGAGAUUUUGUCCGUCAUCUAAAGGUUAAUUUAUUGUAAUUUUAUUUAAGUAUGAGUGAUCAUGUUCACUCUCUAGACUAAUCAGGCGUUCAUUCCAACCAAAGAUUGAAAUGUAAAUGAUUGUGUCCUCCCCUUUGGUUGAUUAAUCGGUAAAAAAUACAUGGUAUAGGCGGUGAUGUUUUCUCUUGCAACGUGUGAUAAAUGUCAGUGAGUUUGUGUAGUUGAAGAGUGCAUUUUGCUCCUAUGGCAAUCAGAGGCUUAUUUUAAAUUAAUAUAUCUAUGGUU